AUGUCAUUUGACGAGCUUUAUGAGAGUUGCUUUCGAAAUGCGUCGCUGGUGAAGGUUCUGCAGGGAAAACCAGCGAGAGAUGAUCCUUCUCUGCUGGUUACACUUGAUCACGUGAUGAAUAAUAGCCAAUAUGUCGUGUUUUUCCUAACUGCUGGCGCGAAAGGAGCAGACCUAAGCUUGAAACUCGAUAAUAUGAUUAAGAAAAAGAAUGAGAGAGGCGAGAAGGACAAGGCACAGAAUUCACCGGCCCGCAUUAGACGGUUCUUCAGCAUGAAAAAGAAAAAGAAGAAGGAGGGCAGUGUUAACGGUGAUCCGGCAUUGAUAUCAGUUGUUCUUGUGGAUACUGACUAUCGGUCGAAUUCUGAGGAAACUGGGUCUUCGCAGUUGGCACAGCCUGGUUGGUACGUCUACGCGCCACAGCUGCUGGCAACCAAGAGCCGCCUGCUCCGUGCACUGGGUUUUGAGUUCCCGCCUUCGCUGAUUAUUGUUGAUACGGUGUCAAGAACUGUGGUCACAACCGAGGGUCGACGGUUAUUAGCAGAUGAUGUGAAUGGAACUUCAUUCCCUUGGUGGCCUCCGACAGCUGCCGAGGUCCUUCAGGGAAAUGUGCUAAAACGCGUAAAUGGAGCAGUGGAAACGUCAGACUUUUCUAUAAUAAAGGCUACAGUACGAGGACUGUUGUUCGGAGCACAAUGGUGUCCACCGUGCAGACAAUGGGUAAAGCAACUAGUUCCUGUCUAUGAACAAAUGAAAAAGAAUGGAAUCUCGUUGGAGAUUAUUUUCUGCUCUUCGGAUAGAUCUCAAGAAGCUUUCGAUCAUUUUAUUGAGCAGAUGCCCUGGCCAGCUUUUAGCUACGAUCCUGCAAGGACUCUCGCUUUGACAAGGGUUUACAACAUCAGUGGGAUUCCUUCGUUGAUUCUUCUUGACGAAAGUGGACGAGUUAUCACGAACCAUGGGAGAUCCUCUUUGCUCGAAGAUCCAGCUGGACGAUAUUUUCCCUGGGGAACAAGACCACUUUAUGAGCUUAACGAAUAUACCGUAUGCCGAUUGAGAGAUGAACCAUCACUUAUUCUUUUCACAGAAGGCUCGCCGGAUGACAUUCAGUUCUCUUUGUCUGUUAUGGAUUCACUAUCAAAACGACUAUUCGAGGAAAGGAUUAAAAUUGAAGAACGUAGACUAGAAGAGACGGAAAAGAAAACGGACGAAAAUGCGGAAACGGGUAAUGGACUGCUGAUGAAGUCGGCGAGUAGCGAAGAGUGCAGCUCGACAGGAUCGGACCUCCCAAUCCCUCCCCAGGCGGACCCGCUUCAGCUUCUCUACACCGGCGAAGAUCCGAUAUGUGACCACAUUCUGGAAUCUAUUCUCGGACUCGGAGAUGUUGAAUUGCCUUUAAUAUGCAUCGUAGAUGGAUUAGCAGGGCAAUUAUGUGUAUGCGAUCGACCGGAUGUAUCGGAUGCAGUGCUGGAGGAGUUUGUCGCUGACUACAGAGCAGGCCGUUUACAGUGGACACCGCUUCCUGCUGCAGCACAAAAUUCGCCCAAAACGGUUGGAGGUAUUCCCAGCGCUAUUAUUGAACAAGCACUCAUAAGCAACUCACCAUCUCAAAAUUCCAUGGGCGGCGUCAAAGAGGAAGUGAAGGCAGUUUGA